AUGGCGGCCGCACCAGCAACAUCACCAAAUCCCGUUGUCUUUUUUGACAUCGCCAUUGGCGGUGAGCCACUCGGCAGGAUCAAGAUGGAGCUAUUCCAGGAUAUCGUUCCCAAGACUGCAGAGAAUUUCAGACAAUUCUGUACAGGAGAAACUAAAGGCCGUGGAGGAAGACCCUUGGGGUACAAGGGUUCCAAGUUUCAUCGUGUGAUUAAAGACUUCAUGAUUCAAGGCGGAGAUUUUCUGAACAAUGAUGGCUCCGGGGCCGCGUCGAUCUACGGCUCGGAUCGGUUUCCUGACGAGGGGUUUCAGGUUAAACAUGAUGUUCCUGGGAUUCUUGCUAUGGCAAACUCCGGACCAAAUACAAACGGCUGUCAGUUUUUUAUAACGUCCAAGCCAGCCCCGUUCUUGGAUGGGAAAUACGUUGCAUUCGGGAAAGUUAUCGAUGGAAUGGACGUGGUUCGGAAGGUAGAGAACGUUAGGGUGAUAUUAGACCGGCCUACGACGGAUGUAGUGAUUAGUCAGUGUGGAGAGAUGUAA